CCUGUUUUUAGGUUAGGAUCGUGUUUAUAUUUUUAUGAAUAUCUUUAAAAAUUAUAAUUGUUGUUCUGUUAUUUCAUACGGUUAUUUAACAAAUGCUUCGUUAUAAGUAAUAUAGUGAGGUAGAAGUGCGUGACAGCUAGUCGGUUGACUAAAAUAUUUUAUAAAAUAAACAAAUAAUAUAAAGUGGAAACAACUUAGGUUCUGUCUGGUUUACAUUAAUUUGCUAAAAUGAGUAAAUUGCAAAUCACCGAAGUGUGUCCGAAAGGUACAACAUAUCCUCUUAUUGCAAAUUUUCUACAUGGUAAUCCAACAGACCAUUUUAUGGCAGAAGAAUGUUUACUCCUUAAAAACGAAGAGAAUAAUUUAAAAACGGUUCUGACAAAAGUUGACAAUCUUCUAUACGUUGGCGAUGAGGAGGAAGACGCUCUAAGUAAAACUUUCAUUGUAAAGAGAAACAGAAAUACGGGCAAGGUUCAAAUUUUAGAUGCCGGCAUUGUUAACCUAAAACCUGUAAUUUAUGACAACAAUGACGUUACUUCCAUGGAAGUUAAUAAUCUAGAGUUAAGUAGAAAAUUUGGAUCAAAGAAACAAAAACAGAUUAUGGAGCAACGGGAAAAACUGAAAGUCAACGUGGAGACCGUAACAGAACAAAUGCAAAACGUCACACAAGAAAUAACCGAGGAUACUUUAGAUUUAUCAGCAUAUCAAAACACAAAUUCUGAUGAUUUCUACAUACCCACUAUAGAUCGUGAAGCAACAAAAGCUGAGGAUGUUUAUAAAGUUGAAAACAUGCUAACAGAAGCUCAGUACGACAUAAUAAUAUCUGAAAUAGAUGGCAAAGAGUGUACAGCAGAUCUGCUUCCCAUCUGUCAGGAGGUCUUAGCAAGAAAAACAUUAUCAGAGAAAUUAAAUGUUUUACUCAUUUAUGCCGAUUGCUUGUUGAAACUAUAUGCAAAACCAGCAAGAGAUAUAACAAAGAAGAAUUAUGUUAUAAUGCCACAUUCGGCCACGUUGAAUGAAAUUUGUUUGUCAAACUUUACAUCUAUGUCCAAUGGAAGGAGGGUCCGGUCGGGGCCCUACAAGGACAAGACACUGUGCCAUGCUAUAGUGUUCCUGUUAUUAAUAAAUAAUUUAAAAAUUGAGCUUAAUAGUCUUUGUGAGACUUUGAAAUUAUCUCCAGCUACUGCUUCUACUAAGGCCAGGGUGACGGGAGCAUCCAUAGCCACGGUUGGUGGCAAAAAAGUUGUACAACUGAAACUCCCACUAAACACAAAGAAAAUAUUCAGAAGGAAAAGUGCCAAAUUUUAGUAUUUGUUGUAAAUAAAUUACUUCAAUUGUC